AGGCAAAUUUGCUGCUGUACGCCGUGCUAUACACAAAAAUUCGGGUACACAUUUUGCAGCAAAAUUUCUAAAACGUCGCCGUCGAGCCCAGUCGUCGGAUAAAGAGAUUAAACAUGAAAUUGCCGUUUUGAUGUUGUGUAAUGAAGCUGAUAAUAUUGUUAAAUUGAAUGCUGUGCAUGAAUCACGUUCAGAUACAGCGCUAUUAUUGGAAUUAGCGACUGGUGGUGAAUUACAAACAUUUUUGGAUAAUGAAGAAUGUCUUACAGAGGCCCAGGCCCGCAUUUGUAUGCGUGAAGUACUUAAAGCUCUACAAUUUUUACACAAACGUUCUAUAGUUCAUUUAGAUUUAAAACCACAAAAUAUUUUAUUGGCCGGUGAACAUAUAGAAGAUGGUUUAAAAUUAUGUGAUUUUGGUAUAUCACGCGUCGUAGCCGAGGGUACUAAUGUACGUGAAAUCGUUGGUACACCCGACUAUGUAGCACCUGAAGUUUUACAAUAUGAACCGUUGUCAUUGUGUACGGAUAUUUGGUCGGUUGGUGUUUUGGCUUAUGUCUUACUAUCGGGUUUCUCUCCAUUCGGUGGGGAAACAAAACAGGAAACCUUCCUUAAUAUAUCACAAUGUGCAUUAACAUUUCCGGAUAAAUUAUUUGGAGGCGUCUCAUCGGCAGCCAUUGAUUUUAUACGUAAAGCAUUGCGAAUAAAGCCAAAUGAUCGCAUGACUGCUGCAGGAUGUCUCGAACACAUUUGGCUUAAAGACGAAUGUAACAUCGAUAGACAUAUUUUUAAUGCGAUAAACAGUAAGCAACAAUUGGAACAACAUGAUGAUGAUGAUGAAGAAGAAGAUGAGGAGGUGGAUGAAGAACAACAACAAGAAGAGAUAGAUGAAGAGCAAGUUGAUGAAAAUGAACAUGAACAGGAAGUGCAGGAAGAAGCUGCUGAAGAGGUACUGUCAGUUAAAGAUAACAAACCUCAAGCUAUUAGUGUAGACAAUUCGGAAGAGGAAGAUAAUAUUCCUGCUAACGAUACAUAUGCUAAAUUGGCUUUAAAUAAAACAACAAAUAGUCACACUAAUGGUCAGAUCAAUGGUCAUCACUCAUCAGCUCAUACAAAUGGUUUUACUAAUGGUUUUACCAAUGGUUUUGCAAAUGGUCAUUCGACUGCUCUAACUAAUGGUCAUACGAAUGGUUAUCUAAAUGGUCAUUCUAAUGGUCAUGUUACAGUUUUGAGUAAGGGCCACUCGGCUAAUAGUUUUACUAAAUUGCGCGAUGAUUACCAUGAUAAAACCAUUAAGCUAGCGGGAGUUAAAUCAACCUCCAAUGCCACGACAACAAAAACCACGGCUGUGCACAAUGUACCAGCUACAAAAGCCAUUACCAUACCAUUGUGCAGUGUACAACCAACCUCAUCUAUGCAACACCAACAACAAACACCACCUCAAGAACAACAAUUAUUACACAUACCGGCCAGACGUCAUUCAUCUGAAUCCAAUAAAGAAAAUACCUUUCUAACCACCAAGAAAAUAUCAGCCAACAAUUGUAAUGGCUCCAGUACAGGCAAUUUAAAGAAAACAUCUUCAUCUUCCUCCACCAACUCAACCACAGUCACACAAUCGGCUACCGCCACUAUACACAUAACACCAGCAGCUACCCUUAAUACUGCCAAUAUAGUGGCCACCAUUACAUUACCCACGGCUACAAAUGGGAAUGUAAUCAAUGAUAAGGUAUCAGUUAAUAGCAACAAUCAUCAUUCUUUAUUCCCAGAUGCCCCUACUACGCCCAAAGUUAUACGCAAGGCACCAACUACUGAUGCAUCACCCACCUCAGUUAAGGCUUUAGUUAAGAAAUUUCAACUUGAAGGCGGCGAACAACCCAUAACACCACCAGAAUUUGCCACCAAUGGCAGUAAAUUGCAACAGCAGCAUCAGGCAGCCCAGCUGCAACAAAGUCAAUUAAAAUAUAAUGCCCAAAGCAAUGGCAGCAGACCCUCACUGUCCCCACCCAGCUUAGCACAUUCUUCGGCCAUUACCAUUGCGAAUUCCUCAAGAAGAGCUUCAGAACCCAUCACUGCUAUACACAGCAAUAAGAAAUUAAGUACGACUUCCUCAUCGGCUCCCGUAACCCUACCAGUUUCAGCAGCUGCUCAUAAUUUUAAAACAACAUGCGUGUAUUGUGUUUCCUGUACAAAUUCCUCAACAAAUGGAUGCAGGCAUCCCAAUUCCUCAAUAACAACAAACAACAUUAGCACCUCCUUAGCUGCCUCCGCACAAACAACAGCAACAGCAACAAAAACUUCUUGUUCCACUACACCUCUAAGCAGUAAUAGCACAAAAUCCUUAAUCAAUAACAGCAGCAGCAAUGGCAGUCUUACUUCCAGCAGUAGUAAUGCUAAUGCUUCCACCUCUUCUUCAACCACAGCUUUAUUAUUUGGUCAGCAGCAGCAGCAUUCGCAUACUCAGCAUUUGUUAAAUUCCCACCAACAUUCGCAUCAUUCACAUCAUCAUCCUCAUCAUCAUCACCAUCACUUACAUCAUCAUAAUGGUGUGGUUAAGAGUGCUGCCGCUUCAGCAAAUGGUUUAAGUUUAGAUCAGGGUAUUAUUUGUUAGCUAAGGGUCUCUAGGGCGCGAAGGAAUGCCAAAAGUUUCUUUCAUCGUUUCUUAUGUUGUAUGUAGUAUAGGGUGAAAAAUUCUAAAAAUAUUAAUAGUAAUAAUAAUAAAAAUAAAAAUAAUCGUAAUCAUAAUAUUAAUAAUAAUAAACAUAGUACGAAUAGUUAUUUAACAAAAAACAAAAAGUAUUUCAAUUACUUUUUAUGUUGUUCAGAUGCUGGUGUACCAUAUGAAGAAUUUGUUUAAAACGGGGAUAUACUUCUUAUAAAAUUAACUUUUCCUUGUGUGUUAAAUAAACCCUUUUUAAGUAGCUGUUGGAAGAAAAUUAAACUUUUGUCAUUUCUGUUAACUUAAGGCCUUAUCAAAGUCUUUGUUUGUUUAGCAUUUGUCUAAUUUAGCAGAAAUUUCAAAAAGUUUAAUUCAAAAUUUAUAUAUUUUAAGCUUUUAAUAUAAAAGAAAUUGCCCAUUUUUUAUGAAAAAAUCUAUAACUUUUAAAUUAUUAAGCUUUAUGGAAGUUAAUAUAGCAGUUUUUUACAUUUACUGUGUAAAAAAAUUUAUAAUAAAGCUUUUUUAGGUUGUAAAUGAAAUGUUACGGAAAAUUUUCUGAAAUUCUAUAAAUUUAAAGAAAAUUGUAUAGUUUAGUUUUGAAAUUCUUUAAAUUUCUAUUUAAAUAUUAACUAAGACAUUCAAAAGCUUUAAAGCUUACUUCAUUAGCUAUUAAGUACUUUUAUUAGUAUUUAUUUCAUUAAUGUCUUAAAGCUUUAUAGUAGUUUAAUUAAAGCAGUAACACAAAUAAAGAAUUCUUAAAGCUUUUUAAACCUUUUCAAAACUUGUUCUAAAUUUAGCAAAAUUUAAAAACUGUAAAAAUUUUGGUCUAAAAUAAAUUAAAUUUAAAAGCUUUUUCAAAUAUUUACAGCUCUUACAAACUUAAAAGCAUUUUUAAAUAUUUGAUAUAAUAUUGCUAAAGCUUUUAAGAACAGUUGAAAAAUUUCAGCUAAAAUCAGCAAAAGUCAAUAAAAUUUAAAAGCUUUUUCCGAAUAUUUAAAGCUUUUGAAAACUGUUUCAAAACGUGAUCCAAAAUCAGCAAAAAAAACCCUUUCAAAUUAUAGUAUAAAAUCAAUAAAAUUUAAAAGCUUUUUCAAAUAUUGGAUAGAAUGUUCUCAAAGCUUUUAAAAAUAGAUGCAAAAUUUUAAUAAAAUUCAGAAAUUUUUGAAAACUGUUUCAAAUUUUGAUUAAAAUUUAAAAGCUUUUUCAAAUUUUGAUUUAAAAUUUCAAAGCUUUUUCAAAAAAUUUCAAGAUUUUAAAAACUGUUUAAAACUUGAUGCACAAUCAACAAAAUUUAAAAGCUUUUGAAAACGGGAUUUAAAGUUUAAUUAGAUAUGAAUAAAAAUCGAAAAGCUUUUUUCGUCCAACUUUUAAAUAAAUUUCGAGAAGCUUUUAAAUUGAGUCAAGGUCUGCAAAACUAGCUAACGACUUUUAAAAUUUGACUUCUUUUAGGGCGUUUAAUUAAAAUAAGCUUUAUAAAUAAAACUUUUGCCAAGUUUUAUAUGCAAAGCUUUAGGGAUAUACUAAAAUUUUCCUUAUUAAUGCUAUUUUACUUAGUUCUAGAGCAAAAAAUCAACUAAUUUAUAUAGCACUGCAAAGCUUUCUUAGGGGCAUUUCUAAACAAUUGCAACAAUAUUGGAGUUUUUAAAAGCUUUUUGGGUCUAGUUUCUUAAAAGCUUUGAGACCUUUUGAAAAUUGACUUCAUAUGAAAAACUCAGUAAAAGCUUAAGUGAAUAUUACAUUUGAAGUUUGAAUCCGCAAUUUGUUUUUCAAAACCUAUUGAUCUUUCAGUCACAGAUAAAGCUAUAGAGUAAAAACAACAAAUUAAAAGAAAACUUUUAAAAUACAAAUUUAGUUUUAAUUCUAAAUUGUUAAAGCUUUAUCUUGUAACUAGGUAAUAAACCUAAAAGCUUAGACUAACUUUUAAACAAAAGUUUAAUAAACUGUUAAAUUGAAAGUUUAAAGUCUACAACUUUGGAAAGAAAGCUUUUUUAAAUAUGUUGGUAAUUAAUAGUAAAUUGCAAAAAGCUUUUGCUAAACUAAGUUUUCAAUUAACUCAAAAGCUUUUUAUUAUCUGCUAAAAGUUAUACUAAAAACUUUUUGAUUAAUAAAGCUUUUGUUAAAAGUUCUUUAUUUCAAUGACAGAGAGCUUUAAAGUCCUGCAUGAUGGAAAAGGAAUAACAAAUUUGAAAAAAGUAUUUAAAAUUGUAUAAAUUAUAAAAAUUAGAUUUAAAAUUAUUAAUUUUUAGGUUAUUAAAGUUAAUUAUUGUAAAAGUAUUAAUAAAUUGUAUAAAAAAAGCUUUUAAGUAAUCUAUAAUUAAUAAGUUUAAUAAGAAUUUUUAAAUAAUGGCCAAUUAAAUUUAAAAGAAAUGGGCAAUUUCGAAAAAGAAUAACUAUAAAAAACUCAAAGGCUGCUUAAAACAAUUGAAAAUUUCAGAACCUUAAAACUUAAAGCAAAAACAAAAGGAACAGUUUAUCAAAAGAGCUAAAAACUUUAAUACUUUUUAAAAUUAUUAUUGUUUUAAAACUAUUGAAAAGCUGUUAGAAAACUUAAUUUGAAAUUUGUUACAAAAAUUUAAAAGUUUGAAAAGUGGUGAGAUUUUCAAUUGCUAGUAGAUUAUAUGGAAAAGUGAAACUCUCCAAAAACUUUAGCUGGUUUACUAAAGUAUUUGUAUAACUUAUUACAAAGAAAAGUUUUUCAACCCCCAAACAAAUUUAAACUUAAACUAUUUAACAGAAUCCCCGGUACAUCAACAUUUUGUUAAGUUAAUUACAAUUACAAGCAAAAAAGAAACAAGUUAAAGCUUAAACGAUUUGAUAUUAAAUGUUGUUUUCUGUUGUAAUAACAACAAAAAGUUAUAAUUUUCAAAAACCUUUUAAAAAACCCUUUAGUUGAAACGUCCUUUGGUUAUUCCUGCUGCUAAUUAAAUGUUUUAUUUUAAAACCUAAAAAAUAAACAAAAAACUAUUUCCAAAUCCUAACACUUUCCUUUAAAGGUCUCUAUUUUUUGUGAUUCUUAAUUAUUUUUUUUUAAAUAUAUAUCUUUAUAAUUCUAUUAUUUUAAUUAAUUUAAAAUUUAAUUUCGAUCUUCAUUAUUAUUUCUUUUCAUUUUUUAUGAGUGUGAAAUGU